GACGUCACACGGGGGGCGGCUCUUGUGCAUGUAGUUCUCUUCCUGUUUCUCUGCCCUGGUUUCGCCUGAACAGCUGUAUCAGCUCUUGAUCCGACGAAAGACACAAUGUCACAUCAAACGGGCAUUCAAGCGGGUAAUGAUGUGAAAGACAUCUUUGCCAAAGCCAGGAAUGGAGACCAAUAUCGAGUCAUAAAGGUCGUCAUUGAGGCCGAGCAGCUGACUAUGGGCACCACCGGGAAAGCAUCAAAGAAGUGGGACCAGGAGUACGAUUCCUUAGUUGUGCCCCUCCUGGAGGACGACGUGCCCUGCUAUAUUCUGUACCGGCUGGACUCCACCAACAACCAGGGCUACGAGUGGAUCUUCCUGGCCUGGUCACCAGACAACUCUACUGUGCGACAUAAAAUGUUAUAUGCUGCUACCAGAGCCACACUGAAGAAAGAGUUUGGGGGCGGGCACAUCAAGGAUGAGAUUUUCGGUAACACAAAGGACGAAAUGAAUCUGAGUGGAUACAGGAAAUAUCUGACAGUCCAGGCUGCCCCCCUUCCCCUCACUGCUGCAGAGGAGGAACUGAGAAAGAUCAAACUGAAUGAGGUGCAGACGGACAUCAGCGUGGACACCAAGCAGCAGACUCUGCAGGGAGUGGCCUUCCCUAUCCACCAAGACGCUAUUGCAGCACUUGAACGUUUUAGGGACAAAAGAGUCAACUACGUACAACUGGAAGUAGACGCUGAGAAGGAGCUGAUUCGGUUGUCCAACACUGAGCCAACAGAGUUGAAAGACCUGCCACUGAGAAUCCCUAAAGAAUCUGCACGUUACCACUUCUUCCGCUACAAACAUUCCCACGAAGGCGACUACCUAGAGUCCACAGUGUUCAUUUACUCCAUGCCCGGGUACAACUGUAGCAUCCGAGAGAGGAUGCUGUAUUCCAGCUGCAAAAACCCCUUGGUGGACAUGGUGGAGCACAACCUCCAGAUCGAGAUCGAGAAAAAGUUGGAGAUCGACAACGGAGAUGAACUGACCGGUGACUUCCUGUACGAAGAGGUGCAUCCCAAGCAGCAUGCACACAAGCCGGCCUUCGCCAAGCCCAAAGGCCCCACCGGGAAGAGGGGCGUGCGCCGCAUCACCCGACCCGCCCCAGAGGGAGAGGAGAGAGAUUAAACAGACCUCAGCACCACCACCUCCACCCCGAGCACGUUCCACAGUGGAACAUUCCUGCAAUGGGGGAAAUUAUAUUUGACACGCUUGUUUAAAAGAAUAAGACGACAACCUCAAACGCCCGUAAACAUCCCCAGAGACCCAACUAUGCACGCCAAGGACAACUGAGCAAUGACACACUUCAGAAUUCUCCAUUUGUAGCCUGCCAAAUGGAAGCAUAUUCAUGUAUGUUAGUACAGUCACAACUAUUCACAAUGAUUUAAAAGAGGCCCAAACAAAGUCAAAUGUGAGGUUUCCACAUUGUUGCCAGCUCUGAGACUUUACAAAGUGUCAAUGUGACUAAUGUGAAGUUGCGCCAAUAUGAUAAAAAAAACAAAAACAUUCUGAGUUCACAUGCUUGAAUUCUUAACUUGCAUUCCUUAAGUCUGUGUCAAUUAAUGUGUUUGUGUCUAAUAUGUUGAAAUUGUCUCCUACUGUUUGCACAAUGAAGUGCUCCAAAGCAGAAAAAGUUAUCCCACUUGUGUCUAUUGAUUCCUUUUAACAGUGCAUUUUAUAUUUGGAAAAUUGACUUCUUUUUUGAUAUUACUGUGGUUUACAUGAAAAAAAUCAUCUGCUGAGAAACUUAUUUUUCUAUGCAAGUGCUGUAAAUGUACAUAUUGUAGCUGUGUGAUGCUAUAUGAUUAAGAAACAGUCUAGUCUGUGUUGGUGAGGAUCACAGUGGAAAGACCCAGUGCUUCCAGAAAUAGUCCAUCAGUACAUCUCAGAUUUCACUCAGAGGAAGCUACUCCAACUUUGCUGGUUCCCAAACAGGAGGGCAGCCGAGCAGCCGGAUAGGAAAGGGAAUAAUAUACUUAAUACCUUGAUGAAAAUGUUGCUACAUCCACUGGUCGACUGAUUAAUAUUAGGCAAACUACUUAGCUCACCUCAUGUCUGAAGGGAAAAUCACUUCCUGUAUAUUCAUACUUUGUCAUUCUAAUAGAAAAUAAAAUCAUGUUCGGUCUUA